AUGGCCCGCUCCGCCCUCGCCACCGCCUGCGUGCUCGCGGCCCUGGCCUGCGCCGUCUACAGUGGAGCCCGCGCCUUCGUGUCCGCGCCGCAGAGCCCCGCCCUGCGCGGCGAUGCGCUGGCGGCUGCCGGCAUCCUCGCCGCCGCCACGCCGCAGGCAGCCAACGCGUUCACGUAUAACGGCAAGGAGUACUUCGACGUCUUCUACGGCAUCAGCCCGCUGUACUGGGCCAUGUGCGCCUUCGGCAUCGUCUUCUACGGCGCCGUGCUGAAGAACGCCGCGCUCAAGUACAACACGCCAUACGGCACCACCACCAACCCGGACGCCAAGCCAGUGGUCACCGGCAAGUUCGUGGGGAUGGAGGUGGAGACCAACCAGACCGAAAACUACAACUACAAGGGCAAGGACUACAUCAACAAGUAA